AUCAUUCUGUUUUCUAUCGAAAGAGAUCAAAUACAUCUAAACAUUUAGAAAACAUCAGAAAUUUAUUCAACUUAAAAACUUUUAAGAAUAAAAUCCAGCAACUAUGAAGAAUAAUAACAAUUCAACAAAGAACGGAGAAGUUAACAAGUUUGUAGCUCCUCAACCACCUCGUAAGCAUGACUCAAAGAAGUCUGAAAAGCAAUCAUCGGAAAGCCACAAAAAAUCAAAAAGUUCUUCAUCAUCAAGCCGUCACCAUUCAAGCUCAUCAAAACAAUUAAGUUCAACUAAUGAGCGUAGCAAAGAUAAAGAGAAUAAGAAGAGCAAAACAUCUGAAAAUAAGCACCAUAAAAGUUCAUCUUCGUCUAAAUCACAUAAACGUAGUCGUGAGGAUGUUGAAUCCAAAGACAAUGAACCAAAUUCAAAGAAGAUCAAGAGUGAUCAUGAAAAACUUUCUUCAAGAUCCAGUAAGUCGAGCAGCUCUAGCAAGUCAUUAUCACAUAAGACAGAAUAUAAAGAAUUAGCAAGUCCACAACCAUCAACGACAAAAGCAGCUCAAACUAUUCUUCAAACUCCAGAAUUGCUGACACAAAAACCAAAACUAGACUUAUCACCUGAUUUAGUAAAUGAUCUAAAUACCAGUGUCUCAAAUUUCGACUAUCGACAACUUCCAUCAAACUCCAGCUCAAUUGGAUCAAUAUCAAGGUUAAAUCAACACAUGCAAACAGAAAGCGACCUCCUUACUAAAUCAAUCUCAUCGAUAAAGAGUCGAACAAGAAUCUACAGUGGAAAUUCUCGAGGACGUUCGAAUAUACCAAAGUUGACUGAAAUGUGCUUAAAAGUACUGACAGAUAAUUUGGACUUUGUCGGUUGUAUUGGAGAUAUUCCAUUUGCCAUUUUAAGACCUGCUUUAGAAAAAGCCAAACCAGAUCAAUUAACAAAGAUUGAAUAUUACAAUCCGUACUUGCUUGAUGAUUCUGACAUUUUGUGGAAGACAAUUUGUCAACGAAAGUGGAGAAACCGACAACCAAUGGAAAUGGAAUCAUGGCGUGAAAUGUACGAGCGAUGCAACAAGGAAGACGAAGAAAAGCUGAAUCGAUUGAAGCAAAGCAUUCGACAAACAACUGAAAAGUCAUCAAAUUGUGUCCAGAAAACAAAAAUUGCUUUUGUGGAUACAAUAGUCAAAGCACCAAGAGUUGUUAAGAAGCAAGAAACAUUUAGUUCAACUAGAAGACCUGUUAUAAGCUUGGCAGCAAGAAUUGAAACUUUAAAGAAUUUGAAGCCCAAUGUUCUUGCAUCUAGUGAUGUUCGAUCAAGACUAGCAGCUAGUGUUCAAGCUGGUGCUCAACCGGUUUGUAGACAAGGAACCAACCAACGGACUAGUUCGGUAAAGACUGCUCCUAUGAUGGCGAAGUUACUUUCAAAAUUUAGACGAUAAGAUUUAAAUAUUUAAGUUUGGA